ACUCUCUCUCUCUCCCUCACUCACAUAAAAGGGUUGGUGAAAGAGUCCUUUUCGCCAGUCGUCUCCUUCUCUCGCCAACGCAGAGCUCUGCCGAUUUUCCUCUGAAAAUCCUCCAUUCCGUUCCGUGAACAUGGACUCAUUAACGGAGAUGAUCCUCGUCUUCAGUUUCCAUAUUCUCUUUUGUAGCCUCAUCUACAGGCUCAUCCCAAAGCCGGCGAAAGUAGUUGCCGCUGCUCCUCAAGAAUCCGGCGAAGAAACUGGCUGUUCAGACGCCGACGCGGUUAAAUCUGCCGGAACCGAGCUGAGCGCUGAAACUGUUGGAUCGGCGUGGCCGUGCGGCGGUGAUCGAAUCGGCGAUGAUGAUGAAGAGGCGUCCGGGGGAAGGAAAGGGAGCGGGGUUGAUGGAUGUGCUGAGAAGGUUGAGGUGGAAUCGGAUGGGGAUUUGGAGAGAGAGGAUGGUGAAGGGAGUGAGGGAAAGGCUAGUGGCGGUGGAAAAGAAGAAGAGGGAGGACUGUUUGAUGAUUGGGAAGGGGUAGAGAGGACUGAGUUGGAGAAACGGUUUGGUCAAGCGGUGGUGUUUGUUGGCUCUGAGAGCAAUGCUGAUUGUGUUUCGAGGCUUGACAGUGAUGUCGCGGACCAGUUGUUUGGGCUCCAUAAGGUUGCUAUUGAAGGUCCGUGCCGAGUGCCGCAGCCUAUGGCUUUGAUGCUCUCUGCUCGUGCAAAGUGGAAUGCUUGGAAACAGCUUGGGGACAUUAGCCGAGAGGAUGCUAUGGAGCAAUAUGUUACCCUUUUGUCUAGGAGCAUUCCAGGGUGGAUGGGGGAAGAUGACACAAAAGAUGGUAAACUGAUUUUCCUGGAUGCUGAAUCAUCUGCAGUUAAUCCUUCCAGUUUAGGCAAUCAACCUGGCACAGUAAAUGAAAGUAUGUCUCAAUACCGUGGUAAAGAUUGUGGGGUGAUUGGGGCUGAGUGUUCAGAAACCGUAAACAAGGAACAAGAGUGACAUCUUUGUCGAUUGGUUAGACGGCCUGGCUUAUCCAACUGGAAACUUAAAAACUGGUGCUUACGAUGGCUGAUUAGGAAUUUGUCUUAAGGACUCAACGCUGCAGUCUGGCUUUUCCAAGUACAUAUUAUGCUUUUGUAAAUAAAGAACCACCCAUGUGUCUAUAGUCACUUAUUUCCUGGGAUUCAUAGUGCUGGUUCUCAUGGGCUUUAGUAGGGAGCAUUUGGUUUAUUAGGUUGGAAUGGAGGAGGAAUUUUUUAAUUUCUUUCAUAUAUUUACAUAUUGAUGUAGUAGAUAUAAAGACGUUUUGUAGAUAAUUUAUGGCAGUUCUUAUUAACAUUAGACAUUUCCAUUUU